AUGGCGGCAAGAGUGGCAGUACUUCUGUUACUAGUGGCAUUGUCUGUCAUCUUCUUCACCGGCAAUGUCGGCGCAGCCGGAAGCGACGAGGGGGCGGCGUUGCUGGCGCUCAAGGCGGGCUUCGUGGACCCGCUGGGUGUGCUCGACGACUGGAAGACAGCCUCGCUGCAUUGCCGCUGGACCGGCGUCCGGUGCAACGCCGCCGGCCUCGUCGACGGGCUCGACCUCGCCGGGAGGAACCUGAGCGGCUCCAUCUCGGGCGACCUGCUCCGGCUGCCGGCGCUGGCGAUUCUCAACAUCUCCUCCAACUCCUUCGCCGCCGCGCUGCCCAAGUCCCUCUCGCCCCUGUCGAGUCUCCAGGUGUUCGACGUGAGCCAGAACUCCUUCGAGGGCAGCUUCCCCGCUGGCCUCGGGUCGUGCGCGGACCUCGUCGCCGUCAACGGCUCCGGCAACAACUUCGUCGGGCCCCUUCCCGUGGACCUCGCGAACGCCACGUCGCUCGAGAGCAUCGACAUGAGGGGCGCGUUCUUCAGCGGCCACAUCCCGGCGGCGUACGGUAGGCUCGCCAAGCUCAAGUUCUUGGGCCUCUCCGGAAACAACAUCGGCGGCAAGAUCCCUUCGGAGCUCGGGGAGAUGGAGGCGCUCGAGAGCCUCCUCAUUGGGUACAAUGAGCUCGAGGGGCCCAUCCCGCCGGAGCUCGGCAACCUCGCCAGCCUCCAGUACCUCGACCUCGCCAUCGGGAACCUCAACGGCGCGAUCCCGCCGGAGAUCGGGAGGCUUCCGGCACUCACUGAGCUUUACCUUUACAAGAACAAGCUCGUGGGAAAGAUCCCGCCGGAGCUCGGCAACGCCUCGUCGCUGGUCUUCCUCGACCUGUCGGACAACCUGCUCACCGGCCCGAUCCCCGCCGAGAUGGCGCACCUGAGCAACCUGCAGCUGCUCAACCUCAUGUGCAACCACCUCAACGGCGCGGUGCCUGCGGCUAUCGCCGACAUGCCGGAGCUCCAAGUGCUCGAGCUCUGGAACAACUCGUUAUCGGGCCCGCUCCCGUCGGCGCUCGGCCAGAACUCGCCGCUGCAGUGGGUGGACGUGUCGUCGAACGCCUUCACCGGCGGCAUACCCGCCGGGAUCUGUGACGGCAAGGCGCUGGCCAAGCUGAUCAUGUUCAGGAAUGGGUUCACCGGCGAGAUCCCCGCCGGCGUAGCGUCGUGCGCGUCGCUGGAGCGCGUGCGCGCGCAAGGCAACCGGCUCAACGGCACGAUCCCCGCCGGGUUCGGGAAGCUGCCGCUGCUGGAGCGGCUAGAGCUCGCCGGCAACGACCUGUCAGGCGAGAUCCCCGGCGACCUCGCGUCGUCGACGUCGCUGUCGUUCAUCGACGUAUCGCGCAACCGCCUGCAGGGCUCGCUGCCAUCAAGCCUCUUCAGCAUCGCGGGGUUGCAGAGCUUCUUGGCUUCUGGCAACUUGAUCACCGGCGAGCUCCCUGACGAGUUCCAGGACUGCCCGGCUCUGGGAGCGCUGGACCUGUCGGGCAACCGGCUCGUUGGCAAGAUCCCGUCGAGCCUCGCCUCGUGCCAGAGGCUUGUCAACCUGAACCUCCAGCACAACGGGCUCACCGGCGAGAUACCGCCGGCGCUGGCCAAGAUGCCGGCGCUCGCCAUUCUCGAUCUGUCGAGCAACUUGUUGUCUGGCGGCAUACCGGACAACUUCGGGAACUCGCCAGCGCUGGAAACGCUCAACCUGGCUAACAACAACCUCACGGGUCCUGUUCCGGGGAACGGCGUCCUGCGCACGAUCAACCCCAGCGAGCUGGCCGGCAACGCCGGGCUGUGCGGUGGCGUACUCCCGCCGUGCUCCGGGAGCCGCGCCGCUGGUCUGUCACGCGCACGUGGCAGCGGCAGCGCACGUAUCAGGCACGCCGCGUUGGGGUGGCUCGUGGGGACGGUCGCCGUGGUCGCCGCGUUCACGGCUCUGUUCGGUGGGUGGCACGCCUACCGGCGGUGGUACGUGGUCGGCGGCGCGGGGGAGUACAGCUCCGGGGCGUGGCCGUGGCGACUGACGGCGUUCCAGCGGCUGGGUUUCACGUGCGCCGACGUGCUCGCGUGCAUCAAGGAGUCGAACGUGGUCGGCAUGGGCGCCACCGGCGUCGUGUACAAGGCCGAGCUCCCGCGUGCCCGCGCCGUGAUCGCCGUCAAGAAGCUCUGGCGCCCUGCCGCAUCCGACGCCAACGUCGACCUCACUGCCGACGUCCUAAAGGAGGUGGGCCUACUGGGCCGGCUCCGGCACCGGAACAUCGUGCGGCUCCUCGGGUACAUUCAUAACGACGCGGACGCCAUGAUGCUGUACGAGUUCAUGCCCAACGGGAGCCUGUGGGAGGCGCUGCACGGCGGGACACCGGAGACGAGGACGAUGCUGGUAGACUGGGUGUCCCGGUACGACGUGGCCGCCGGCGUCGCCCAGGGGCUCGCGUACCUGCACCACGACUGCCACCCGCCGGUGCUCCACCGGGACAUCAAGUCCAACAACAUCCUCCUCGACGCCGACAUGCAGGCCCGCGUGGCCGACUUCGGCCUGGCCCGCGCGCUGGCCCGCUCCGGCGAGUCGGUGUCCGUCGUAGCCGGCUCCUACGGCUACAUCGCGCCGGAGUACGGGUACACGCUGAAGGUGGACCAGAAGAGCGACAUCUACAGCUACGGGGUGGUGCUGAUGGAGCUCAUCACCGGGAGGAGGGCGGUGGAGGCGGCGUUCGGGGAAGGGCAGGACAUCGUGGGCUGGGUCAGGGACAAGAUCCGGAGCAACACGGUGGAGGAGCACCUCGACCCGCUCGUCGGCGGCGGAUGCGCGCACGUCAGGGAGGAGAUGCUCCUCGUGCUCCGCAUCGCCGUGCUCUGCACCGCCAAGCUGCCCAGGGACCGCCCGUCCAUGCGCGACGUGCUCACCAUGCUCGGCGAGGCCAAGCCGCGCCGCAAGAGCGGGAGCUCUGCCACCGCCAGCAAUGCCGCCGUCGUCACAGCGCCCACAGCCGUCGUGGACAAGGACAAGCCGGUGUUCAGCACCACGCCCGACUCCGUCUGA